AUAUUUUGACACAGUUUCUUCCAGAUGAGAUGGGGAAGUUCUUAUUUCACUUCUAAAAAAUUGGGAAAGUGCAAAAUGACAGGUUACUGUCUGCCACAAAACUGUCAGCCCAUAGGCCACCUACCAUUUGAUUUUUCAUAUAUAUAUAUAUAUAUAUAUAUAUAUAUAUUUAUAUAAAACAGUUCUCUGUUCUUCUUCUUCUUCUUUCUUCAAUUCUUCUCACCAUGGCCAAUAUUGACUUGGACGGAUUCAAGCUUGACCAGAGGCACGGCAAGGCUAGAAUCAGGGUUACCAGAGUUUGGAGAAACAACCAUGGAGGUAAUGACUUCAUGGUCGAAUGGAAUGUCAGCAUCAGCCUCCUUUCCGAUUGCCUCAACGCCUACGUCUCUGAUGACAACUCCAAUAUCGUUGCCACCGAUACCAUGAAGAAUACGGUAUAUGCUAUGGCAAAGGAAUGUUCAAAACGGCUUUCAGCAGAGAAUUUUGCAAUUUUGCUGGCUAAGCACUUCACUUCAUAUUACAAACAGGUAAAUGCUGCCAUCAUAAAGAUUAUAGAAAAGCCCUGGGAGCGUGUAAACAUAGACGGACAAUUGCACACACACGGUUUUAAGCUUGGACCUGAGAAGCAUACAACAGAGGUAAUAGUCAAGAAGUCUGGAGCUUUACAGCUGACUUCUGGUAUUGAAGGAAUGUCUGUGCUGAAAACAACCAAGUCAGGGUUUGAAGGGUUUAUUAGGGAUAAGUAUACAGCUCUGCCUGAAACACAAGAGAGGAUUCUGGCAACAGAAGUCACUGCAUCAUGGAAGUAUUCAUAUGAAUCCGUCUCUAGCAUCCCCCAGAUUCCACUUUACUUUACAGAAAGAUAUUUGGAUGUGAAGAAAGUUUUGGCCAACGCAUUCUUUGGUCCUCCUAGGGAGGGAGUAUACAGUGCAUCUGUUCAAAGCACUCUUUUUCACAUGGCAAAGGCUGUACUCAACAGUUUUCCCGAGAUAUCAUCAGUCCAACUUAAAAUGCCGAAUAUCCACUUCUUACCAGUUAACAUAUCAAGCAAGGAUAAUGCUAUUGUAAAGUUCAAUGAUGAUGUAUACGUACCAACAGAUGAACCGCAUGGAACAAUAGAAGCUACUUUGAGCCGUACCUGGUCAAAGAUGUAGAACCUAUUUGCACAAAUGACCUAUGGGUAGAUGCCAUAGUGUUCCUAUCAUGGUUAUUCACCUUUCAGCUUUGUUUUCGAAAUAAUAAGUGGGACUCUGGAAAUGUAUUAUGUACAUGUGAUGGUCAUGUUAUGAAACAUUUGUAUUUGGACGCACAGGAUGUUUUCUUUAGCAAUAAAAUCAUCUUAUUAUGUAA